UAUGCAUCCUGUGCGAUAGACGGGGAAGAGGGGCUUUGGUAAGUCGUCAACUGUGGGUUUGGGGCUUUUUAAAGGAGUAUAUCGUUGCAAAGCAAUGCCGUUCUUUCCUCUGUUACUUGUUUUGGCGGGUCUGACUCUGUUCCUUUCGCGACGUCGGUACAAGGCCAUCGAAGCCGCGAGUGGUGGGAGUCCUCGAAGUCCUCAUGUCGUUGUCAAGGGCCACACGUACUCCGAUAGUGUAGAGGGGAUCGAGCUGCGACCGCUACCGAGUACGAAGAUCGAGAACGUGCGUAGUGCAUGUAUCAUUGGGGCGGGCCAUGUGGGAGCAUUGACUGCCAUCAUCCUGGCGUCGCAGAACCCUCACGUCCAAUUCUGUGUGGUCGAUCGAGAUGCGAGUCUCAUUGAGGCUUGGAAAUCGGAUCGUCCUCCUAUCCCUGAGCCGGGGCUAGAGGAUUUGCUCUUCGAUGACCCUCCCGGGUUUGCGAUGGAGGCAUCCAGCCUCCCGGAAGAAGCGAAGGUGAAUGAUUUGAGCCAAAACAAUGAUGCUGAGAGAACGCAACGACAAAGGAAGUUGGCCAACCUCGCCUUUUCCACCAAUAUCCAUGCGGGAGUGGUUUCCGCAGAUCUAGUCUUUCUUUGUGUAGAAUGUUCUCCAGAUGCAUCGUCGGAGACCAAAGAAGGAAUCAACCUCGCGCCGCUUGAGGCCGCAAUCCAAGCGAUCGCCCAAGUAUCGACCGGGCACAAGAUCAUCGUGCAGAGAAGCACAGCGCCGUGUGGCAUCGUCCAGCGCAUAAAAAAAGCUCUACGCAAAACCGCAUCCCCAACAGCCACCUUCGACGUCCUGUCGAACCCGGACUUUCUGAUCCCCGGCACGGCCAUCCGCGACCUGCUCUACCCGCCUCGCGUGCUGAUCGGCCACAUCUUCUCCGAGGACAUGUCCGUCGAGGCCAUCACCGCGCUAAAGCGCCUCUACCUGCCCUGGGUCCCCGAGGACCGCCUGAUCACCAUGGACGCCUGGUCCGCGGAGCUGGGCAAGCUCGCGGCCAACGCCUGCCUCGCGCAGCAGAUCAGCAACGUCCAGUCCCUGAGCGCGAUCUGCGAGUCCACCAACGCCAACAUCGCCCAUAUCACCCAGACACUGGGGCUGCCACCGCGCGUAGGGCUGGGGUUUGGGGGCGGUACAAACUUCCACGCGGAGAUCCUGUGCUUGAUCUAUCUUGCAAGGGAGCUGGGCUUGCACCCCGUCGCUGAGUAUUGGAGGGCGGUGCUCCAGAUGAACGAGUUCUACCACAGCCGCACCGCGAAGCGGGUCACGGAGCGGUUCACGGGGGAGCUGAAGGACCACCGGGUGGCGAUCUUGGGUUUCGCGGGGGGGAAGACUUGCGCGAUUCGGGAUCAGUCGUCUACGGCGGUAGGAUUGGCGCGCGACUUGAUGAGCAUCGGGGUGCAAGUGACGGUCUUCGAUCCUCGGAUCCCGGGGGAUCAGCUGCGGAGUGCGCUACGUCUCGCGGACGCAUCCCUGGAAGCAGUCGCAAUCGCUGACUCGGUCGAUGCGGCUUGCCAGGGUUGCAGUGGGCUGAUACUGCUUAUGGAAUAUGAUGAGUUCAGCCAUGAGCAGGUGCGGUGGCAGGGCAUUGCUGGGCAGAUGCAGGGUCCGAAGGUGUUUCUGGAUCUCUGUGGAGUGCUUGAUCGGUUCAAGAUGCAGCAGUGGGGGUUUGAUAUGCUCCAUCUUGGGGUGAGGCAGAAGGACGCUCAUUGA